AUGAUAACUCCGAGAUUUAGUUUGUCUCAAGACGAAGAAACAGUGACUAUAACGAUCAGAGCUCCGUACUGUUGUCUCAGAGAACUGGAAGCAGAAGUUGAUGAUAACGCGUUUUUAUUCUACUGCAAACCCUACUAUCUCAGACUACACUUCCCUGGGAGCAUUGUGGACAAUGACAACAGAAAAAGUUCAUUCGAUAGCGACACAGGCGAGUUCACAUUCACAUACGAUAAAGCUAUCCCUGGGGAAGACUUUAAAGAUCUGGAAUUUAUAACAAAGUUUCUGGUAACUAAAGUAGAUGCUUCCUAUGAAGGUGAUGAAAGAAAAGUCACCAUUUUAGCUAGUGAAACAAUACAGGAAGAUAAAGAAGUGGAUCCCAAUGAUUUGCAACAGGGUUUUGGGUUUGCCUUACAAAGUCAUAAACGAUUUGUUGCUAUAAGUUCUGAAUUCAGUGAUGUUCUUGAUGUUGAUCCUUCAGAAUCAAAUUUGGAAGAACGGAGGAAGUUAAGAUUGCAAUAUGAGCAAGGAAAGUUCGAUAUGGGGCACUACUUAGGUGAUUUUAUUGAAGAUGAAGAAAUAAAUGAAAUCAUUGCACAAAAAACCCCUUGGUAUGCCCUGAAUGAAACAGAUGUGACAUUUAAUAACAAAGAACUUGAUUUCCUCAAAGAUCUACCAAACAUUCAGUAUACACUAAGCAAUUUACAAACGAAAUAUGCUUAUAAUGGCCUAAUAGAUAUUCUAUAUGCUUAUUGCUAUGAUAGAAGAUGCACCUUCUAUGAAGAGAAUUCUGAAUCAGGAUGGACAAUAGUUAAACUUGCUUCAACUUUUUGUUACCUAGAUGCGUUUGAAACUCCCAAAGAUGCUCUAGUAUCUGCGUUCCGCAGAAGUGUCAUUUAUCCUUUAUACAGAAACUAUAAUCUAACUGUUCAGAUACUUAAAGACUUGAAAGAUUUGCUGCAUUUAGGUGAGAAAUAUAUGAUAAAAUGCCUUAUUGAAAUGUAUUACAUCUUCCUUGGUGGAGAUUGCUGUAGAUAUAUCCUGAAUAAUUUGUUUAUCAAAGACUACAUAAUUUACAUAAUGACUUGGGAUAGGGAAAAGUGGCAAAGCUACUUGAAAGACAUUUACACAAUAGAAAUAAAGAAAGAAGAGUUAGGAUUGAAUCUUGCUGAAAUUGAACAAGGUUUCACUCUGGAAGAGAAGUUGGGAAAACUGGAAAUUAAGGACACUGAUAGUGAUGAUAGUUCGGAUGACUCAAGUGAUGAUUCAGAUAGUGAUAGUAGCGACUCAGAUAGUAGUGAUAGUAGCAGUACUUUAAAUCCUUAA